CUAUUCUCUAGGUUGGUAUUCUCUUCUCUUGGAAGCGAGGCAAUGGCGCUGUGGGGCAGGGGUUCUAAUCGCUGCUCUCUCGCGACGAUUUAUUAGGGCUUUGGCUCGAUCGAUCGAUCGCAGGGGAAGCGAUGGAGAGCGCGGCGCUGUCUCAGCUCGCGGCGAGCGAUCGUCGCGCAUCAGCUGGUUUGUUCCUGUGAUGAUUCUUGCGUGGCGGCGCCGGGGAUGAGGAAUUCGUGGCUGCGCGAUCCUGCAUUUCACGAUCCUUGGCGAAAUAUCGUGCGCCGGGCGCUCGUAGGGUUCCCAUGUGCUCCAUGAUGAGGCACUGAAGCUUCCGUGGAUCAGAGCUCUGUUUUUCAGAGAGAAAGGAGAAACAAAUGGCUGCUCGGGCUCGAAUCGUUGUCGUGUGAUCUUCAUACUCAUCUCUGUCCAUGGCGACUGGUGAGAUUGAUGGCUUUGCUUCGGACCACGAGAGGGAGCUGUACGAGAGAGCUCACGAAGCAGCGAAGGAAGCCCAGCGACAGGGUGAUGCUCAGCUACAAGCAGCUGUGGCAGCGGCUGCGGUGUCCACGGUUUACUAUCCGGUAGCCACUCCAGUUCGAUUUAGCUCCUGGAGCCUCAAGUUCCAGGACAGAAGGUUGGAAGCGGUGUAUUGCCGGAAAUGUGGCUCGGACUCGGACUUCAACGAUCUCGGCCCCGCGGCUUGCGAAUUGGCGUUUUGCAUCUUGCGGCUUUGGUGGACGAUUGAUGCUGGCCAGAGCAAACAUGGAGUGGUGAUCUUGUCACACGUUUGCGUUGCUGCGUGGUGCAUGGCGAUGUUAACAUCGCAGCUUUUAUUCACUAAAUGGUACAGGCAAAACAGGAGGCUCUUGCUAUGGCAGUUUGCCAUCGUGUUAUGGUCUUGGGAAGGUCUUCAACUCUAUCAUACUAGUAACAAGCUACUGGAUAUGGCGUUGGUUCUCCUUCCUCAAUGCAUUCUUAUAAGUUUCUUGUACCGUGUUCCUUUCUGUUUGCAUGUCCGAUCGAGAUGCUUUGGAUGCGGCUGCCAGCUAGUUGCAUCCAUAGCCAGCAAAGCUUCCAGUUCCCAUCUACUGGGGAUCAUCGCAGGACACUGCCUCGGCUCGCUGCUAGCUUACAUGGUGGACCGGCAGGCACGCACCGACUUUCUAGAAUCGCUACCCAGAUGGAUCCUCGGCGAUGCUGUCCAGUGCGAGCGAGGGGAUUCGUCUUGGUGGAAUUCCUUCUAUCCGGAGUUCCUGGAGAAGCCAGAGCCAGCAGCAAAGGAGGGCGAGAAUCCAAGAGACAACUUGGAGCGAGCGCUUGCGUACCGAGCGCUGGGCGGAUUCGCUGGUGGUUUUGGAGGAGUUUCGGGUCUCAAGUGCGCCAACCCGUCAUCUCUCUCGCCGGCGUCGUCCAGCAACAGCGUGGAUCAUCCACAGCUAGUUUCGUACUCGUCGGACAACGAGAAUGUCACGGCGGGUCUUGAGCAGCUCCCGGAUUCGUGGAGCAUGGGGAAUGUAAGCCAGGGUCCUGAUGAGCAAACACUGCAAGACGGUGAUCAAGAAGAUCGCGAAGAGCAUUCGGCCAGCAGCGCGUCUUCACGUUUGGAGUCGAGCUCAUUGCGGAGGAGGUUCUAAGAGAACUGCAAAUUUCUUCCUCCGCCAAAGGUUCUUUUUUUUUUUUCUUUUUCCCUUUUUCUAAAGCCUUGUUAAAAGAGUUUGUACUUUUUAUUUUUUUGAUCGAUCGAUUGAACAGAUCAAAUACAAAAAGUAAAUUUCAUUUGC